AGUUCUAAGUUUUCUAAUCCCAGGAUUUCAAGUCUGGUAAUAUAAGGUAUUUUGUUGUUUACAGAGGAGCGGAGAACUCUUCUUGUAAAAUAUUUCUGGACUCAUUCAAUUGUAUUAAUAUCAGAGAUGUGGUAUGGGUUCCAGACAGGUGAGCUGUAUUCAAGAAUAGGUCUAGCAAAUGUUUUGUAUGCUCUGGUUAGUAGUGUAGAGUUUUUGGAAAAGAAGCUUCUGUUGCAAAUCCUAGUUAUUUCAGAAAUGGCUCUUUCUAUAGAGAACAGUCCAAGUAGGAUGCCCUCUUAAGCAGCACUCCACUGCUUAAGUUGUCGAAAGUUGUCAUUCCCCUACCUCCACCCCAAAAAAAAAUCCAAGAGGAACUGCAGUGUGAGACGAAAUAAUUAGACUCUGCCAUUCAUUCCGUUUGCUGAGGCUCAACGAUUUACGCUCUUAAUAAAUUUGUUAAAGGUGGGAGGAUUGUGCUAAUCGUGAGUUCUGCAGUGUUGUUCUCUCUUCUGCCGCUGCUUGAUUGGGCAUCAUUUUUCCCUUCCAUAGUUCUGUGAGACGGAAGGGGAUAAGGAUAAAACACAUAAUGAAAAAAACAAAACAAAACUACCAGACUGCAAUAAUUCGGGCAGUGGUGUAUUAACCAUUAGGCAGACUAAGCACGUGCUUAGGGCACCAGGCCCAGAGGGCGCACCACAAAGUUGAGAAAGAAAAAAAAACCCAAUGAAGUUUAUACAGUAUGUACAAAGGAGAGGGCGGCACCAAGAUUUGUCAGUGCUUAGAGCACCAGUGAGCCUUAAUCCCCCAAUGAAUUCGGGCAAAGACAUAAAAAGAAAGUGAGACAAAAAAGCCUGUACACUGGUGGUCGUCCAAAUAUUUGCAAUAAGCUUCGGCACUAAACUGAAGGCUUCGCAGAUGGUUUCUCCCAGCUUCAACAAAAAAGAAAGGAAAGUGAAUUGUCGCUUGUCACGUGACACCAAGGACCCGUUGCUAGGAGACGAGUAAACGCUUACCUCCCCAAGGUGGAAUAUUGGACUGUCUGGGAGAAGAGCGGGUGAGCAGCAUGGAGAUUGUCUAUGUUUAUCUGAAGAAGCGCAGUGAAUUUGGUCGACAAUGCAACUUUUCCGAUCGGGCAGCAGAGAUCAAUGUGGACAUUCAGCCAGAUCCAGUAUUAGCAACAAAUUUUAUUGAAAGAGACCCCAUUGAUACUGGAGUGCAGUGUGCUAGUGACAUGUCAGAACAUGAGGUUAACACAGAAAGGUUUGAAAUGGAAACCCGAGGUAUUAACCACUUGGAAGGUGGCUGGCCUAAAGAUGUCAACCCACUAGAAAUGGAACAGACCAUUCGUUUCCGGAAAAAAGUGGAAAAGGAUGAGAAUUAUAUCAAUGUCAUUACACAGCUUGGCAGUUUGAUGGAUCACUGCAUCAAACAGAACAAUGCCAUCAAUAUCUAUGAGGAGUAUUUUGAAGAGGAGGAGACAGCAGCAGUUACUGAAGAGCCACCAUCCGCAAAAACUAUUAAUCUUUUCAGGGACCCGAACCCAAUUAAAAGAACUGCAACUCAUCUCUCUUGGCACCCUGACCGAAGCCGGAAGUUGGCCGUAGCUUAUUCCAACCUUGAGUUCCAACGGAGUUCAAAAGAUAUGUCCUACGACUCAUAUAUAUGGGACCUUGAAAUCCCCAAUAAACCAGAUAUGGUUUUCCAGCCUGCUUCACCUCUGGUUUGCUUAGAGUACAACCCCAAAGAUUCACAUAUCCUGAUUGGAGGAUGUUACAAUGGACAGAUCGCUUACUGGGACACCCGGAAAGGAUCACUACCUGUGGAAUUAACUGCAGUUGAGCUUAGUCAUCGAGAUCCUGUGUAUAAUGCUAUCUGGCUGCAGUCAAAAACAGGAACCGAUUGCUUCUCAGGCUCCACUGACGGACAGGUUUUGUGGUGGGACAUUCGCAAACUAUCUGAGCCCACUGAGACACUUGUUAUGGAUAUCAGUAGAAAAGGCAUCCUACAAAAUGCUUUAGGAGCCAUUUCAUUGGAGUUUGAGCCAACAAUGCCAACCAAAUUCAUGGUGGGAACAGAGCAAGGGAUUGUAAUUUCUUGUAACCGCAAGGCAAAGACACCUGCUGAAAAAAUUGUCUGCACGUUCAGUGGCCACCACGGCCCCAUCUAUUCUCUUUCAAGAAAUCCUUUCUACCCCAAGAACUUUAUGACUGUUGGGGAUUGGACAGCACGCAUUUGGUCAGAAGAGAGCAAAGAAUCAUGCAUCAUGUGGACUAAAUACCAUAUGGCUUAUCUCACAGAUGGGUGUUGGAGCACAACUCGACCUGCUGUCUUCUUCACUACUAAGAUGGAUGGGACCCUUGAUGUUUGGGACUUCCUGUUCAAACAAAAUGAUCCUACACUCCACCUGAAGGUUUGCGACGAGCCUCUCUUCAGUCUGCGUUUGCAGGAUAAUGGGCGUUUUAUUGGCUGUGGAUCCAAGCUGGGCACAGUAACGCUUCUGGAAUUUUCUUCUGGCCUCUGUACUUUGCAACGGAAUGAGAAGAACCUGGCCUCAGCAAUGUUUGAGCGGGAGACGAAGCGAGAGAAGAUUCUGGAGGCACGCCACCGUGAAAUGCGUCUCAAGGAGAAAACCAAGCUGGAAGGCAAGGAUGAAGAGGCCAAAGAAGAUGUGGAGGAAGAAAAGCCACAUGAAGUUAUGAAACGAGUGCAUAAAGAGUUCUUUGAUGUAAUUGAAGGAGAACUCAAGCGCCGUGAGCGAGCUCAAGCCAAAUCAAAAAUGGAAAAGGAGCGGGAGUUUGAAGACGAUGACAAUGAAGUAAUUCUUCCUAAGGUGGCACUUCGCAUUCGGCCAAUCAGCAUGGCAGAGCUGGAAGAAGGAGCCACACUCAUUGCUCACAAAGUGGAUGACCAGAUGAUUGUGCUAAUGGAUCCAAUGGAGGACCCUGAUGAUGUGCUCCGUGCCAACCGGUCACGAGAGAAAUCCUAUCUGUUCGAUGUAGCCUUUGAUUUUACUGCUACUCAGGAAAUGGUCUAUCGUGCCACCACUAAAGGUCUCAUAGAAGGGAUCAUCUCUGGAUACAAUGCAACCAUUUUUGCCUAUGGCCCAACAGGCUGUGGAAAGACCUAUACCAUGCUUGGCACUGAUCAUGAGCCUGGCAUUUAUGUCCAGACACUCAAUGACCUCUUCCAUGCUAUUGAGGAGACCAGCAAUAACAUGGAAUAUGAAGUGUCCAUGUCCUAUCUGGAGAUUUACAAUGAGAUGAUCCGAGACCUCCUGAACCCUUCCUUGGGCUACCUGGAUCUGCGUGAGGAUGCCAAAGGUUUCAUCCAAGUGGCUGGAAUCACAGAAGUCUCAACCAUCAAUGCUAAGGAGAUAAUGCAGUUGUUGAUGAAAGGCAAUAAGCAACGGACUCAGGAGCCUACAGCAGCCAACCGAACAUCUUCACGCUCCCAUGCAGUGCUGCAGGUCACCGUGCGCCAAAAGAGCCGCAUCAAAAAUAUUUUGCAGGAGGUGCGCAUAGGCCGACUCUUCAUGAUUGACUUAGCAGGCUCAGAGCGGGCUUCUCAGACGCAGAAUCGUGGACAGCGUAUGAAGGAGGGCGCUCACAUCAACCGGUCUCUGCUGGCUCUUGGCAAUUGCAUCAAUGCUCUUAGUGACAGGACAGGCGUCAAAUAUGUUAAUUACCGGGACAGCAAGCUUACUCGUCUUCUAAAGGAUUCUCUAGGUGGGAACAGCCGGACUGUCAUGAUUGCUCACAUCAGCCCCGCAAGUAGUGCUUUUGAAGAAUCACGCAGCACCUUGACCUAUGCUGAACGGGCUAAGAAUAUCCGCACCACGGUGAAGCGCAACCAUCUCAAUGUCUCCUAUCACAUUGCUCAGUACACAAGUAUCAUUGCUGAACUCCAUCGUGAAAUUCACCGACUGCAAUGCAAAAUUGAGCAACAAGAGCCCCGUCCAAUGCGGUCAGACAUCCGGAGUAUUCAAGCUGAAGUACAGCUCCAUGGGAAUCACUUUGAGAGGCAGGAGAUGGAUCAGCUCCGGGAACAGCUGAUCAGCACUUUUCGGGAACAGAUGGAUGUGCGUCGCCACCUCAUGGAGCUGGAGAAUAAUUACAUGGAAAUACAGAUUGAGAGCUCUCGCCAUCUCCUCACCAUUGCUGACUGGGAACAGGAGAAGACACGUCGAGCGCAAAAGUGGCGAGAGGAGCAAAGAAAAGAGAGUUACAACAAAGAUGAAAACGAGAAGGACUCUGACACUGGGGACGAACUCUCAGAUGUGCCAGAGCCACAGGAAGUGGCAGCAGCUCGGGAACACAUCACUAUUCUCCUGGGGGAGCAGGAUAAACUUCAUAAGCAGAAGGCAGAGCUGGAAAGGCGUUUCUGGGAAAUACGGCAGCGUGGGCAGCGGCUAGAGGAGGCCUUGCCGUGGUGCAUCAGCUCAGAAGAGCAGAGAGAGGUUCUGAGUUUGCUGUGUAAGGUACAUGAACUGGAAGUGGAGAAUACAGCCAUACAAUCAAGUACGCUUCUCAAGGACAACUUCAUCCAUCAUCAAGAGAGAGCUAUGCGUCGCUUUGAGCGCUAUCGUAGCCUCUGUCACCGCAUCAUUCAAGAACAACGACAGAUCAUUCAUGAGUCUCACCUAGUGGUGCCAUCCCAUCUGGAAGAACUGUAUCAGAUUUACUUGCAUGAGCUGGAAGAAGGGGCCUUAGAUCGAAUGGCAGCCAUGGAUCAAGCAGCUGUUAGAGCUCUUAAGGAGACUUCUGUGCCAAAGCUUCCCCCGCUCCCUGCAGAAAAUAUUCUGGACUCAGACCAAGAGAGUGUCAAGACGUUGGGUUCUGAGGGUCAGCAGCUGCCUUGGCGGGAUUCUCGGAAGAAUACCCUCCCACCCCUUGUUCCAGCGUCAGACAGUGAAGCAGUUCAGGUGUUCAAGGCGAGUUCUCGGGCUCGGCGGCUGAAGCAUUCAGCAGUGAUGACUCCACCCCCAAUCCAUGUCAACGGCAUGAUCAGUCAAGAGUAUACACCCCAGGAGAGUUUGCUUAUCCUGGGCAGCCACCAGAAUUCUUCCCCUGACAGCAGUGAUCACUGCUCUGAUGGCAUCUUGAUGCAUGGAGAACACAAGGAGAUGGCGAGCGGCAUCAAAAACAUUGCGGUGAAGGCUGCCCGGCGCCGUUCACGGGUGCUGGAAUCUGACAGGCUGAACCUGCUGAAGCCAACCAAGGAGCUCAGCAACCUCUCCCUCCACUCUCUGAGUGAAAGCGAGGAUACCCUCUGCCGGGAAACCCCUGCCCUCUGUCAACCCGCCAGUCCCAGCCUGCAACAUGCCAUCAGCGAGGACAAUCUGUCGAGCAGUACCGGGGAUACUGCUCCUGGGAGACAUGUACCCAGACGCUCCCCUGGUCCCUGGCUCCGGGUUAACAAAAAGGGAAGCAAGAAACUUGAGAAGAGGGAAGAAUCACUAGAGGCCAAGAGGAGGAGACGGCGGUCGCGCUCGUUUGAGGUUACUGGCCAGAGGCUCCAGGGCCCAAAGAACAAUGCCUCUCGACGACAUCCCUUGGAAAGCAGUUCUGAGCACAAGAUAAUGGCAACAGGAGGGAUGCACAAUAUCCGUAGCAUUGGAAGAGCUGCCGUGCAGUUGUCCAGAGUGAGGCUUCUACAAGUCCAGCCUUCCUCAGGUCCCAGUGAGGCAUCCUCUCUUUCUGUUGCUUCCCAUCAAAGUGGCAUCUCCAAGAAAAUAAGCCAGCCCAGUCAGUACCCUCCACGCUUGAACUAUGUCACAGUGAAUGGGACAAACCCUCCUGGCAAAGAUGGAAAGAACCGGCGAUGUUAAGCUUUGAAGGGACACAGGGAAGUUCAGAUGCUCCAGGGAGGUGCAUUUGAUGGCCAGUCAGAAUACUGUGGCUAAAGGCAUUAGAGGGAAAUAGCUAACUUAAACAGAAGGCCUAAAAGCUUGCCUGGUGGGUUGCAGUGCUGCUGCCAAGAGGAUUUUCUGGCCACAAAAAACUUUUAAUCUCCAGGACUAAGUUUCCCCAAAUUGAAAGGAGUAGUUGUCUGAAUGGGUACACAGAAGGCUGUCACCAGAUAUAUCCAGUGCUGUAAUACCAAGAUAGGUGUGGAAGAUUGGUUAUUGUGCAAGCACAACUCUAGUUUUUAAACUAUGUGUUAGAGGAGGACACAGUGCAACAGCAUUGGUGUAACCUGGCAAUAAGAUGAUAUGCUGUGUGCAUUUGCUGUACUUUUGCAUCAUUCUAAGACAAAUAAUUUUAACAUAUUUAACUAGCACCGUUCUACAGUGACCUUUGGAGGAAAAGGUUUGUGGACAACAUUUGAAACCACACUAUGUCUGCCUAUGGCCAUGAUUCUCUACUAAGGGGGCUGUUGUCAAUCAAACAUCAUCCUUAGUUUCAUGACUGGGAUAUACUUACCUUUGGGGUAAAUCCGUGUAAUACUUACACGGAUUUUUAGAUGAUCCUUUAACUGGGCUGGACGCAAGAAUUGUUUUUCCAAAACAAUGCACUAUUGUUUUUUUCAGCAAGUAGAUUUAAAAAAAGUAUGUGAUGGAAUCCCAAAUGUUGCCUUUUGUAUCUCUCUCUGUAAGUAAAAUGGGACAGCAAACAAUAUCCAAUACCAGCACCAGAGUAUUUCCAGAAUCCUUCCAGUCUCUUGUAGUUUUUGUUGCAAGGGUCCCUUCUUGCAAUAUGUGUGAUGCUUCAUAUUAUGCCAUCACAAAGAUCUGCUUAUAACAAUCUUUGCACAGGUUUGAAUAUAUCAUUGUCUAAUCCAGUUCUACUUUAUUUACUGCCUAAUUCUAAUGAUCGUAGAUUUCCCGACAGAAUCCAGCUGCUUUUGGCAUUCCACUUUCCCAUUUAAAAAAAAAAAUCUGAGUUCAUUUUUUUUCCAAUUGGGUCUGUUUACCUUUCUCUGUUAGCAACUCACCGCUAUCCCUUCUUGCAUUGGAUUUGCUAUGAUGGUAUUUAGGUUCAGUCACCAAGUUCACUGGGUACCAGUCCUUUAGUCACUAGUCACGCUGGCUGUGCUAAAGGCAAGAUUACAGUGGAAACAUGGAAUUUAAGAAGCAUGAACGCAACAUAGUGAACGAUUAAACAGCUCAAUUACAUAUUGAUGUCUUACACAUCAGUGAAUUGAAAUGGUGUGGAAUUGGAUAAAGACACAAAAGAUAAAGACAUGAAGAGGGAAUAAAAAUAAAAUGAAAUUUAAAGACCAACAAGAAGAAACAAGAAGCAGUGUUACAACUAUACAAAUAAAGACAUGAAAAACAGAAGCAGACACAGAAAACAAAGUCUCCAAGAAAUCUUCCAACUCUCAAAUUCACAUGCUGAAGGAAGUCAAUGGGCAGCAGUAACUGGUUCAAGUAAGAACAAAGAUGGAAUUUCUGAAAUUCUGCAUACUAAGGUUGUCAACAUGCAACACAUCUUAGAAGACUCAAAUCCAGCCACCAUUUGUGCAGUAGUCAACUUUAUGCUCCCAUGGUGUUAAUAAGGCAAAGCCAAUUAAAGAAAUAAAGACUACUAUUUUCAUCAA